AUGGCAGCCACAGCAGAUGCGUCGGUGCUGCGGUGGCGGCUGCGGGGCUCUUCUACGGGCACUACAGCUGUUGGUUUAGCGCUUCCUGUAUCAUGUGGGGAGCUGCGUGUACACCUGAAGCAGCAGAUGGGAGUCGCUGCUCUCACGGCUAUUGAUUUGCUGCUGUCUCUUGAGGGAGCAGCAGAUGAAGUGCUGCCAGACAGCAUGCUGCUGCACCAGCCUCUGUGCGUUCUUGUACAACGAAAGCCUGCUGCUGCUGCAGCUGCUGCGCUGCGCGAAGCGGAGCUCAAGUACCAGCAGCAAAUGCAGGAGCAGCAGCAGCAGCAGCAACAGCAGCAACAGCAGCAGCAACAACCGAACCCUCAGUUGCAAAGGGGCACGGCAGCAAGCCGCGCAGCAGCAGCUGCUGCUGUUGCCGUAGGACCGGCUGCUGCUGCUGCUGCGCCUUCAGCAGCAGCUGGCAGCGGCGACAGCAGCACUAACCUUGUAAGCGAUGACUGUACACAGGGAGCAGCAGCAGCAGCAACAGAGGAAGAGCGGCUGCUGCUUCAAGCAGUUAUAGAUGUUCACGACGCGCGUAAAGGCUACCUACGUGCAGACAGCAGCAGCAGCAGCAGGAGGGGGCCGGGCAGCCACAAUCUGAUGUGGGUGAGGCCUCAGGAAGAAGGCAGCAGCAGCAGCAGCAGCAGCAGCACGAGUUCUUAUCGUGGUUAUUCUGCAGGGAGUGUUGCGGGUGCUACCGGUGGUGCUCGCCAGCAGCAGCAUGCGUACUAUCAGCUGCAGCAGCAGCAGCACUACGCAGCAGCAGCAGCAGCAGCAGCAACAACAGUCUCCGCCGACUAUAUUUGUCAUAUGUGUGGGGAGAUGGGCCACCACAUUAAAAACUGCCCGAAGUCUUCCGAUGCAAAACAACAAAAAAAGAUUAGACCCGCAACAGGAUUGCCGUCGUCUUUUUUGCGAGACAUCUUACCUUCAGAAAUCCACAAGUACCAGGAGGUCUACAUCAAAAAGGACGGGAGCUUCGCAGUGCUGAAGACAGCAGCAAUUGGGGGGUUGUCUCUUCUGGGAUCGUCAUUGGAUAUGCGUAUCCAGCGACAUGUAGGUGGAGCAGCACAUCUUAAGUGCGGCUGCUGCAACUCUAUCUUUAAGGCCCCUACACUGACGCCUUGCUGCGGCGAGACAUACUGCAAGGCCUGCAUUGUACUCUAUCUGCAGCAGCACCCCGCUGCUCCUGAUGCUGCUGCUGCUGCUGCUGCUUCCAGCAGCAGCAGCAGCGCAGCAGGGGGCCUCAUAGGACACUGUCCUGGCUGCAACGCAGCUAUUGCUGCUGCUGACUUAGCAGCAAAUACCGUGCUGCAGCAAAGCGUUGACACUGUUACCUGCAGCAACACCUCUCGCUGGACUUGGCAGCAGCAGCAGCAGCAACAACAGCAGCAGCAGCAGCAGCAGGACGCAGCUGCUGCUGCGCCUCCUGCUGCAGGGACAUUUGUUAAAACCGAAAAUCCGCAGCGAGGGUCAAUUGCUGAUCUGCUGUCCAGGGGAUCGACCCUUGCUGCUGCAGCUGAAGACUCCAAUUCAGCAGCAGCAGCAGCAGCAGCAACUGCAACAGCAGCAGCAUCGGGAGAAGCAGCAACAGCAGGUGGAGAAAGUGCUGCUUCAACAGAUGAGCCUGCCUCGCUGCUGAAGGUAAAGGAAGAACAAGUAGAGACCUCGCAUCCACCUGCAGCAGCAUCAGCAGCAGCAGCAGCAACAUCGGCACCUGCAGCAGCACCGGCACAAACGGUGUCUUUGCUGCAGCAGAAGAAAGAGGAGCCCGACUCAGCACCCUCAGCGCCAGCCACAGCAACAGCAGCGCCGCCCGCAACAACAGCAGCAGCAGCAGCACAAACUGCAGCUUCAACAGCAGCUGCAACAGCAGCAGCAGCAGCAUCGCAAGACGGGGAGACACUUCCGGACAUAGGCGAUUUGCUGCACUUCAAUAUUUCAGUGGAGCAGAUUCUCGAACAGCACCGCAUUGCAGCCAUCCAAAUCAAAGCAUACAGAGAGAAACGAAAGGCGGAGUUGGCCCUGGGGAGUGCAUCCUGA